CAUGUUGGGAAGGUCGCGUACCCGCUCCCCGCCCCUCCCCGCUGCGGGCCGACGCACCACUUCCGGCUGCGCGUCGCCUCCCCUCCGUCCGCUUCCGGCCAGGUCCCGUCUUCGCCGGCUUUUUUGUGCUCUAUGUUGAGAGAGGUCAACUCGGUGCCGCUGAGCAAAACAACCACGUGGCACUGCCCCCCCCCCCCCCCCCCCCCCCCGGCGGACGGGUCCACCGACUCCGCUCCGGACGAGCAUGGCCUCAUGGCCAGCGCCCAACGCUUUCGGUUCCGUGGGAAACCAGGCCCCCAAGGCGACCCGGCAGUGCUCGAGGUCCGCGUCCCUCAGGUCCUGCAUGUCCAGUAUGGAAUGUAUGUUUGGCCCUGUGCGGUAGUCCUGGCCCAGUACCUGUGGUUCCACAGAAGAUCUCUGCGAGGCAAAGCUGUCUUAGAGAUUGGAGCUGGAGUGAGCCUUCCAGGGAUCUUGGCUGCCAAAUGUGGUGCUCAAGUCACACUGUCUGACAGCUCAGAGCUCCCUCACUGUCUAGAUAUCUGCUGGCAGAGCUGUCAGAUGAACCACCUGCCCCACGUGCGGGUAGUAGGGCUGACGUGGGGCCACAUAUCUCAAGAUCUCCUUUCCUUACCAGCACAAGAUAUCAUUCUUGCAUCUGACGUGUUCUUUGAACCAGAAGACUUUGAGAACAUUCUAGCAACAGUGUACUUUCUGAUGCAGAGGAACCCCAAAGCUCAGUUGUGGUCUACAUACCAGGUUAGAAGCGCUGACUGGUCACUCGAAGGUCUGCUCUACAAGUGGAAUAUGAAGUGUGUCCAUAUUCCUCUCAUGUCUUUUGAAGCAGACAAGGAAGACAUAGCUGAGUCUGCCCUUCCUGGACGACACGCUGUUGAGAUGCUGGUCAUCUCUGCAGAGGAGACUCACUGAAUCUUACCUACAAGGGACAGUGCAACAUGGCAUUAGGAUUGUUCAUCACUUCUUGAUCCAAAGCUGUGGGCCUAAAGAUGGUACCAGCUGGCCAUAAAACUGUGAUGUCACCAACAGCAGUGUAACUACCCAAAAUAAAAACAUCUAGAGAAAAGACUGGGAUUCCCCACCAUUAAAAUUAGGAUUUAAAACCUUAAGAAAGCGCUGCUCAGUGUGUUCAGCUCUUCAGAUUGGCACGCCCCUUAUUUAGUGUGGGAAAGGCAGGCGUUCAACUUUUACCUUUAUCCCCCAAGGCCAGUCCAGUAACUGCAUAGGUCUUUCAUAGUAAUUGCAUAGGUAUUUCAAGUAAAAUUUUUGGAAAAAAGACCGAGACACAUUCUCCAAAAAGCUAACACCAAGAAAACAUUUUAAUUAAACUACAGAAACAAUGGUUAUAGUACAGAAUAUUCAUAAGCAAAAAGAUACACCAUGUUUUUAAGUACUUACAAAGUUACAAACCAUUUGCUUCCUUAACAUUUUCCAUAUUUUAAGUUCAUACAUGAGGAUGACCAGAUUUACCAUUUUUGGGUGGUAAAGGGGGGAAAAUGUAUUUAUCAUCAGCUAGAUGUGCUCACUGUAUGCUCCGUUAUUUAUAUGCAAGGCCCGGGUGACUGGAAGUGCAGUUGUCAGGCAUGUUAAUAAACUGGACAGCCAUUUGUUUCUGCACGACAAGGCAUCUUUACACAGGAGCAAUCAGGAGAAAACAGGAAACAGCCAAGCACUCUGCACUGCAACACGCCACCUUAACAGCUAACCAGCAUUACUCAACUGCUACACAACUGCGCCUAGUGCACAAAAAUACAUAAGAGAAGAGAUUAGAAUUGUGUUUGGUAAACAAUCCUUUAAAAAAAAAAAAAAAAAAAGUCUUUUCACCUGAAAAGUCUUUAUACAAAUUUGGGUUCAGAUUACCAUUUAGAUCUGAAGGUAAAUAACAUAUAAACAAAUUUACACCAACUUUUGUAGGUUUUUAAUUUUAAGGAAUGAAGGCAAUGUUGAGUCAAUCUGUGGACAGCUUUAGGCUGUGUAAUGGCUGCAUGUUUCCUUAUUAAGUCAGGAGGCCACAAAUUAGGUUAACAAUCUGUUUAAUUUCAAACAAAAAAAGUCAGCACUAUGUAAACAAAAAUGAAAUUUUACCUCAAAUAUCCAAUCCAAUAAUGAAAUCUGAAGUCGCUCACCUCACUAAAUUACAAGAAAUUUGAAUAACAGCAACAAAAUGGCACAUAAAAUGAAGUUUGCCACCUGAGGCAGAUUAAACAUGUAAAAAGUUAGACAAAUGUUACAAAAUAACCUUUUCAAUAGCCAGUUGCUUGUUCCAAGGACUCUUCCAUGGACUGAUGGACUGAGCAUGUGGUCCUUUUUCCCCAAAGUCCUCUGUUAUGCUGCUUGUCGAUCCAUCUAGGUUGGAAAAGAGAAGGGCUCAGUUUACCUUCCAUCACAUUAAGUUACCAAAGGGCACAUGGUUUCAGAUUCAGGCAUGUACUUACUAAGGCUCUGGUGAAACAAGUAGGUUACAGAAAGGUUCCACCCAGCCGUUGUCAUUUUUUAAAGGCCCAACUGGGAAGUUUCCAGAGGCUACUACCAUCGAUCAGCACUUACAAGUUUGAAUUUGAAUUCUUGGCCAAA